GCGGGGUUUUCACUGGCGGGGCUCCGCUAACACUACUCGGGUUUGGGUGUCUGCGCCUUUGGCCGAGCUGUGCCUGGGCGAGGAGGCCGUUGUUCGCUCGCCGGCCGGCGCGGUUACCGGGACUUGGCGCUGGGACUGACCACCUCGACCCCACUCCAGACUUCUCCGCCUCCGAGGUGCCUCGGAACGGCUGCGGCCGCCGGGACUUGGCCCGGGGCAACUAGGGGCCCUUCCUCGCUCGGGGCUCGGAUGGGAGGCGUUGGGAGGAGCGGCCUGGGAUGUUCAGUCUGAUGGCCAAUUGCUGCAGCUGGUUCAAGCGGUGGCGGGAGCCCGUCAGAAAGGUGACUCUUGUGAUGGUGGGACUUGAUAAUGCUGGUAAAACGGCAACGGCAAAGGGAAUCCAAGGAGAGUAUCCUGAAGAUGUAGCUCCUACUGUUGGAUUUUCCAAAAUUGACCUCAGACAAGGCAAAUUUGAAGUCACCAUCUUUGACUUGGGAGGUGGAAAAAGAAUUCGGGGUAUCUGGAAGAAUUACUAUGCUGAGUCCUAUGGGGUAAUAUUUGUUGUGGAUUCCAGUGAUGAAGAGAGAAUGGAAGAGACAAAAGAGACAAUGUCAGAAGUGCUAAGACAUCCUAGGAUAUCGGGAAAGCCUAUACUGGUGUUGGCAAAUAAACAAGACAAGGAAGGGGCUUUAGGAGAAGCUGAUGUGAUUGAAUGCCUGUCUCUGGAAAAAUUGGUCAAUGAGCACAAGUGCCUAUGUCAAAUAGAACCUUGUUCAGCAGUCUUGGGCUAUGGAAAGAAAAUUGACAAGUCCAUUAAAAAAGGCCUUUACUGGCUCCUACAUAUCAUUGCAAGAGACUUUGAUGCUUUAAAUGAACGUAUCCAAAGAGACACAACAGAACAGCGUGCUCUUGAAGAACAAGAGAAACGAGAGAGGGCUGAACGAGUGCGAAAAUUACGAGAAGAAAGAGAACAAAGAGAACGAGAGCAGGCGGAACUCAAUGGAACCAGCAGCCUGGCUGAGUUGGACUCCGAACCAAUUAUUGUUAAUCCUUUCCAGCCAAUCGCAUCUGUCAUCCUUGAGAAUGAAAGAAAACUUGAAAAAGACAAAAAGAGACACAGUAUGGAGAAAGACAGUGAUGGCUGCCCCCCGAAACAUAAAACGGAGAAUGAGCAAAUAGAGACACAGAGCCAGAUCAGUGACAAUAGCCAAAAGAACAAUGAGCUUGGAAUAGUUGAAAAUUAUAAAGAGGCAUUAACACAGCAGUUGGAGAAUGAAGAUGAUACAGACCAGCGAUCAUCAGAAUCAGAUAACAGCAAAAAGAAAACUAAGAAACUAAGAAUAAAAAGGAGUCACCGUGUAGAACCUGUUAAUACAGAUGACUCUGCUCCUAAGAGUCCAACACCACCCCCGCCUCCUCCUCCUGUUGGCUGGGGAACCCCCAAAGUCACUAGACUUCCAAAACUUGAGCCUCUUGGUGAAACACGUCAUAAUGAUUUCUAUGGGAAGCCACUGCCUCCCCUGUCUGCGCGACAGAGGCCUAACAGUGAUGCUCAUGAUGUGGUUUCAUAACCGAGUCAUGUGAUGAGCUUUUUAAAGAUCUGCAAGAUCAACUACAAGACCUUCCUUCUCAAAGAAGAAAAACCCUAAGCAUUGAUGACUGGGGCAAGAUAACCAUAGUGAUUUCAGUGAGAUAAUAGCCAAAGACCUGGCUGAUAUGACAA